GACGGCCGCUGCGGCGGCCAAAUGGGUCCCGGCCGGACCUUCGACUGCCCCUACGACCCUCUGUACACACUGUCAAGUGAGAAGAACCAUUCAAAGUCAAAUGUCCAUGGUGAUAAAGUGGUAAAAGCACCAAUGUUCAGAAGUAUGUUUAGUAGCUUGAUCCAUCUCCCGGGCUACAGUCUGUGCUUGGAGGGCAAAGAUCCAGUGCCUCCAUUUAUUGACCGAAGAUGGAGAGGGAGGGCUCAGCAGUGCCUGGAGGCUCUUCAGCAGCUUGCUGCAGCUCAAUCUUCUCUUCAAAUACCUCAAAUUGUGUAUGAAGAUCCUGAAGUUAGUGGAAGGAAUCGCUACAAAUAUUUUGCACGACCUCUCAUCCCUUCUAAUAAGCUGCUUCCACUAAAUGUUGUUUAUGCAGUGGCAGAGACAGAGCCCUAUGUCCAUUCAGCUACAAGAGACAGCAAGGUCUUUGGUCCCAAGUUACGAACUUUGGGCACACAGACAGAUUACAGGGAUGGUGAAGCCCAGACAGAUCCCUAUUCCCCUGAAUAUGUAGUUCCCACUGGCUCAGUCCCUGAACUUCUGACACUUGCUACACUCACUUGGGGUCGGGGGCUACCAGCAGGACUAGCUGAGGUGGAGAUGAUUGAACGUGCCCGGGAAAAACGUGCAUGGGAAGCAACUCUUCCAGCAAUGGACAGCGCCUCACAAAUCGCGAAGAGGAGGAAAAUGAUGGAUGAUAUGGCGAGGAAGGAGUGGGCCUUUAGAGAACAGGAAAUAGAAAAGUUGCAGGAGGUUCGACUGGAAGUCUUAAAGAAGCUGCUGUGGAGGCGAGAGGAGAAUCAGAAUGAGCUGGAUGCCAAGCGCUUGGAUGAACACCGGCAAAAUCAUCAGAAGGCUAAAGAAGAGAAAAUAAAAAAGAUUCAGCAUGACUGUGCACUGAUGCUCAGGAAACUGAUAGCUAAGAGGAAGAAUGUGAUGGGGAAGCUGGAGAGACGAGAUAUCAUCAAAGAAUAUACAGACUUUGCAUCACAAACAUAUGCUCCUUUGUCUAGAAUUGGUUAUUUCCCAGACAACCAUUCUGAACGCUAUAUGGUAAAAAACUUCUAUCUUAACACCUUUGCAGGACUGUGUGAACUGGAAGCAUCUCUCCCAGAUUCUGUCACCCAGGUCAAGAUUAAAGCUCCAAAACCUAAGUACAGUACCACUAAGACUGGAUUUAUUAAAAGAUCAGCAAGGCUAGAGGUGGAGCUGGCACAGGUUCACCAGGCGCUACUGGAGAAGAAGAAUAAAGUCAAGGAGCCGAAGAAGCCCCUUCGUUUCCUUGAAAAAGUAGAAAAGCCUGUUCCUCGGCCACCCACUCCAAUCCUGGAAAAACCAUCAAUUGAGGAAGAGGAAACAGAACUGGCAGUGAUCUGUCUGCAGAAGUUGCUCCGAGGCAGGGCUAUUCAGAACAUGAUGUUUGAAGGGAAGGAGAAGCGGCUGGAACUGAUCCAAGAGCUGCGCACCACUCAUGCACUCCAGGAGGAUGGACAGCUGCUUUUGAAGGCAGAGGAGCAAAUGACACUGGCUCUACAGCAACAGCAUGACUUGCAAAUGCACAAGCUGUCAUCAGUGGAAAACCACUUGGCCAGGGAAGAAGGAAGGGCACUGGCAAACAUAUUUGAUUUCCUGUCCAAAGAGCUGGUGAGGCUGCAAGAAGAACGGAAGAUCCACGCUUUUGUCAUGCUGGCUGAGAGGCAGAGGCGGAUGCGGGAAGCAGAGGAGAGUGGACGUCGUCAGCUGGAAGAGAGGCGGCGUCAGGAAGAAGACGAGAUUUUCAAACAGGUGGUGAAAGUGCACCAGAGCACUAUUGACUCCUACUUGGAAGACAUUAUCCUGAGUAGCAUGGAGAACACAGCUGAAGAACAAGCCAGGGAAGAGAUUCAGAGAAUGGCUGUAGAAAUCAAUGACAUUGCUUAUGAAAUGGAAAGUCGCCGAACUCGCCUACAGUCAGAAGAGAUUGUAGCAGAGCUGGUUUAUGAUUUCCUGAUUCCAGAAGCUCAGAAAAUGUCUAUCAGAGAAAAAGUGAGGCAGUCCCAAAGAAAACACAUCUAUGCUGCUCAUCAGAUCAUCCACAGGGGCACAGAGAGGAUAGUGGCUGAUCUGGCACUACAUCAGGAGACAUCUGCCAGCAAGAUAAAGGGAGAUCCUCCUGCUGGGACAGCUAGUGCUGCUUUGAGUGGGACAGCUGCUGGACCAAGUACAGCUGACAGCACUUGCUCUGCCCCAGUUGCACGUGAACUAGCUGAACCUCUGUGCGAAGAAAGCCCAGGAGAGAUGGCGGUGAGCCCUUCUGAUGGAUCAGACAAGGAUUCCACAGCCUCCUAGAGAGAGAAGAUGAGCCAGGGCACCCAGAAUGGAAAAUCUUCUCUCUUCCUUGGGCUGUCCCUCCUGCUGCUGGCC